AUGACAUUUGGGCAUGUCUCUGCGUUCACACCACGAUCUCACCACCCAGAGGAACCCCUAUCCUUGGAAUACCCUCCAUCUGGACAUGGUGAUGAUGAUCGGUACGAGCCUCACCAUGUAAGACCACUGCAAACUUCCCGACGUGACAACUAUCAUCCGGAAUAUGCAUCAAUGCAGGCACGUGUCGAGGAUGAAGAUGAAGAUGGGCCUCCUCCUCCGCCGCCGGUUCAUCGAUCUUGGACACAGCCGGUUCAGGCCGCUCAAUCACCGGUGGCACAGCCACCCUCCCCAUACCAACCAUAUAUUCCUGGAUAUCACAACAACAAGCCUUCUGUGCCUGCAAGUCUUGUUGCGGGCUACGAAAACGAUCAAGAUAUGAACGACCGUUCUGUGCUUGAGAGUCGGCGACCACGCAGUGCCAGCAGUCAUUACGAGGAUGAAAUGAUGAUUCCUCCAUCGCCCCGUAUAGCACCAUCUUAUCCCCAAGAGUCAUCGGCCCCUUCGCCCUAUGAGUCUGCGAUCUAUCCAUUAAGAAUAUCCCCACAGUCAAUGGAUGAUCGACCGCGCGGAGGAUCAGUCAGUUUCGAUAACCGGGUCGUGACCCGCAAGUCGGUCAGUCCACGACCCUCAAUUUCGAGUGAACAUGGAAGCUCUGCGACUCCGUUUUCUCCUGACUCUUAUAACUCACUGAAUCCUAACGCCUCGCGAUCGGCCAUAAACAGGGACCCUACACCAAUGUACGAUUCACCAGGCCAGGCGAGGGAUGCAGCGAUACGUGCAGAAAUCGAGCCAGUUCGAAACCUAGACCAACCCAUCAUUGGCGAUGAUGGCCGCGAAAUUGAUCCUUCAGAUCAUCUCCCUACAGAUACAUGGGCACCAGAGCCGGAGAGAAAAAACCGUAAGCCAGAGGUGAUCAUUCGCUUCAAGCACUCAACCAGGCCUACUUCACGCGGUAGUGAUAGCAGACCUACUUCUCGGGGCAAUGAUGCAACGCCCCGCAACCUGCCUCGCGUUGGAUUUCGAUCGGAAACAGUCCCUUACGGUUCGGAUCGCGUGCGAUACGCUGCCAGUUAUGCUGGAGACCCCGUAGAGCGAACACCACGUGGACAAGACAUCUAUACGCGGGGCUACGGCACUCCAAUUUCAACCGACCGACCACGCUCAUCCCGCGGCUCAGUAUCUCCCUCUCCAAGCGCUCGCUCACCUCUGUAUGAAUACAGCAAUGGCCCACCAGUCCCUUCCAAAGUCCCAAUCAACCAAGGACCAAGCUACCCCGUCGCACACGCGGAGAAUCCAGGCAUGGACGCAUUAAGCCGAGAACUCAAGACCAUCGACCUUGGUUCUGUAGGUUGCAGCCCAAGCCGGGCAGUUCGGAAAUUUGCACCAGCCAGAGCUUCGGCAACAAUGGGAUACGCCAGCUAA